AUGCGUGCUAUUCCUGCUCCGCUGCUGCUCCAGCUGCUGCUCCUGCUAGGGGUGCGGCUGACUGCUGGGGACCCCGUGGAACCGCCACUGCCCACCGUGGUCCUUGCCAUCCUGGCCCGCAAUGCCGAGCACUCCCUGCCUUACUACCUAGGCGCCCUGGAGCAGCUGGACUACCCCCGGGCUAGACUGGCCCUUUGGUGUGCCACGGACCACAAUGUAGACAACACUUCGGAGAUGCUACAGGAGUGGCUGGCUGCUGUGCGCAAUGACUAUGCAGCUGUGGUGUGGAGACCCGAGGGGGAGCCCAGGCCCUAUCCGGAUGAAGAAAGUCCCAAACACUGGACCAAAGAACGGUACCAGUUUCUGAUGGAGUUGAAGCAGGAAGCUCUGACCUUUGCCAGGGACUGGGGAGCUGACUACAUUCUGUUUGCAGACACAGACAACAUCCUGACCAACAACCAGACACUGAAGCUGCUGGUGGAGCAGAGAAUGCCUGUGGUAGCACCAAUGCUGGAUUCCCAGACCUACUACUCCAACUUCUGGUGUGGGAUCACUCCUCAGGGCUACUACCGACGCACAGCCGAAUACUUCCCCACCAAGAACCGCCAGCGCCGUGGCUGCUUCCACGUCCCCAUGGUCCAUUCCACUUUCCUGGUAUCCCUGAGGGCUGAGGGGGCAGACCAACUUGCCUUUUACCCCCCUCACCCCAACUAUACUUGGCCCUUUGAUGACAUCAUCGUCUUCGCCUACUCUUGCCAGGCAGCUGGGGUCUCGGUCCACAUUUGUAACCAGCACCGUUAUGGAUACAUGAAUGUGCCUGUGAAGCCCUACCACGGGCUGGAGGACGAGAGGGUCAACUUUAUCCAUCUCAUCUUGGAAGCACUUGUGGAUGGGCCCCCCAUGCAGGCCUCAGCUCACGUGUCCCAGCCCCCAAAGAGACCUAGCAAGAUGGGAUUUGAUGAGGUCUUCAUCAUCAGCCUGGCCCGCCGGCCUGACCGCCGUGAGCGCAUGCUGAACUCGCUGUGGGAGAUGGAGAUCUCUGGGCGGGUGGUAGAUGCUGUGGAUGGCCGGACUCUAAACAGCACUGUCAUCAGGAGACUUGGUGUGGACUUGCUUCCUGGCUACCAGGACCCUUACUCUGGCCGCACACUGACCAAGGGUGAGGUGGGCUGCUUCCUGAGCCACUACUCCAUAUGGGAGGAGGUGGUUGCCAGGGGCUUGGCCCAAGUUGUGGUGUUUGAGGAUGACGUGCGAUUUCAGAGCAACUUCAAGAGGCGGCUAGAACAGCUGAUGGAAGAGGUGGAGGCGGAGAAACUUGCCUGGGACCUGAUCUACCUUGGUCGUAAGCAGGUGAACCCCGAGGAGGAGGCAGUGGUGGAUGGGCUGCCCCACCUGGUGGUGGCUGGGUACUCCUAUUGGACGUUGGCUUACACCCUGAGCCUGGCAGGAGCCCGGAAGCUACUGGCCUCCCAGCCCCUGCACCGGAUGCUGCCUGUGGAUGAGUUCCUGCCAAUAAUGUUUGACCAGCACCCCAACGAACGGUACAAAGCACACUUUUGGCCACGGGACCUGCGGGCCUUCUCGGCCCGGCCCCUGCUUGCUGCUCCCACCCACUAUGCCGGGGAUGAAGAGUGGCUCAGUGACACAGAGACAUCUUCCCUCUGGGACGACGACAGUGGGCGCAUCCUCAGCUGGAGUGGCUCUCACAAGACCCUGCGUGACCCCCGCCUGGACCUGACCGGUAACAGCGGGCACAGCUUCCAUCCCCAUCCCCGGGAUGAGCUCUAGGU